CCGCGGCAAAAUUUCUGGUGUCCACAAUAUUGUGUUGGUCAAUUGUACAAUGUAUUACUUAAUUUAGUAUUAUUCAAUUAAAAUAUCGGUUAAAGAGCAACUCGUGUAGCAGAGCAAAAUAUAGACAUAUAAAACUAUGUGGGUUAUACGAGUACAUUUCAUUUGGCAAAUCUGACUGACUUCCUGUGCAUGAAAUGUGGAAAUUGAUUCCUUUGGCCGCUGAUGGAGGAGAGCCCUAUUAUUUAACAGUGGGGGUGGAGUAUGUGGUUGGCCGCAAAAAUUGUGCAAUCCUACUUGAGAGUGACCAGUCCAUUAGUCGAGUGCAUGCUCAUCUGUCAGUUAACACCCCUGCUGUCGUCCAGAGCCAAGCUUCAACAACACCAACAUUAACACUAAAGGACACUUCGAAGUAUGGAACAUUCGUGAAUGAGGAGCGCCUACAGAAUGACACUCAAAGAUUAUUGCAGCCUGGAGACAGGGUAACAUUUGGAGUCUUCCACAGCAAAUUUCGAGUAGAAUACGAGUCUCUGAUUGUCUGUUCGUCCUGCCUGGAUGGUCAGGGGAAGAUCACACUCAACCAAUCAGUCAAGCAGCUUGGGGGUUGUGUUGUUAACAGCUGGACACAGGACAGUACUCACUUAGUCAUGCCAUCAGUGAAAGUUACAAUUAAGACCAUCUGUGCCUUGAUUUGCUGCCGGCCAAUCGUGAAGCCUGAAUAUUUUACCGAACUCCUAAAAGCUGUGCAGUUAAGACAACGCUCACCUAAGACUGAUGGUUUUCACCCUCCAGUUGAUGAGCCCAGUAUAAAUUCAGGAGACCUAGAUCUAAGUGCAAGGCCAGUCCGUAGAACUGUGUUCAGAGGGAAGACUUUCCUUUUCUUAAAUGCCAAACAGCACAAAAGACUGAGUUCAGCAGUGGUUCUGGGGGGAGGAGAGGCCAAACUUCUUGAUGAGGGCAUUUUGAAUACAUCUUUACUGGAGUCAGCAGGAAACUGCGUUAUUGAUGUGGGAAUGGCAAACUCACAGAUGCUUGUCUCUACAUCAUUAAAGAAGUGGAUUGGUUCUGUAACACAGAUUGUACAGAGAAAAGGUCUAAGGCUCAUAUCGGAAGCAGAAAUUGGGCUAGCAGUCAUUUACAUGUCAACAGAUACGUACUGCAACCCACUCUCUCAAACGGAUACAGAAAGAUCCAAAACAACCAUUCCUGGUGCAACACUUUCUCAGAGCAUGGCAGUGGAUGAAACUGUAAUGCCUGCAGCGAUGUUAAACAUCACAGCUUAUGCACCUGAUACGGAACCCUCACAGCAGUAUACCAGAAUGGAAACCAGUGGUGUAAGGCAAGUAAAUGAAACGCCAGAAAAAGACUUAAGAGGCCGCGGACAAUCACGGCUGAAGGAGACUUCUACUGGCACAUGCACAGUGGCAGAGACGGCAGCAACAUUAUUCACCACUGAUUGUGGCUCAAGCACUGUGGACGAGAGAGAGAAGACAAUACCUUCAACUAAACUGGGCAAUAAGAAUAAACCAUCUGCAAGCAACACCGCUGUGACGAGUGGAAACAAAAAGUCUUCUUCACAGCAACAGUCAAAUUCCCUGGCAAAUUUCUUUCAGCCACUGAGUAAAAAAAGGGAAAGAGAAGAAAAUGAAAUGGUUGACUUGUGUCAGGCUAAACAAGCAAGAACAGAAGAAAACCAAAAGAAAGUACCAGCAUGCCCAGCGUCUCAAAAAAGCCAGACCAGGCCAAUGACUGAGAAAAGACAGUCGCAGAUCCAGUUUCCUAUGGAAACCUCUCUAACAAAAAGCAUCACAGUGGCAGAACACUCUGGGAUGGUCAGUACCAGAAUGACAGAGCUGACCCGUGGCUCUGGGGAUUCCAGCCCGAGGGCAGCACCCAAGAAGAGAAAGGACUUGGAUGAGUUGUUUGCAGAGACAGUAGCAGGGAUUGAGGACCUUGAAGACAUCAUGUCUCAGCCCAUGGAGCAGGGCCAGGAAGAACCACAGAGCGUCAGUAAGAAGAAACGGAUAGAAUCUGCUGCUGAAGCAGUGCAAGUCAAGCAGGAAGAUGUAACUGGUUCUGUGAGAGAAACUGCUGAUCAAACACAACAAAAGGAAUUUGAAGCCAAAGAGAAAAUCCCAUCGUCUCUAAAGAAAGAGAGUCACCCUUCAGGCUUAAUGCUUAAAAGUGAUGACAAAGAUGACAUCCCCCGCAACCUCAUACUGACAGAGUUCAAGUCCUUGGUUGUUAGCGUGCCCGCGCGACCAACUGCAAGGUCAAGCCAAGCAAAUGUAAAGAACUUUAAAAAGUUCAGAAAGAUCCCUUUUCCUGGAGCAGUGGGGCUCCCCAACAUCAUUGGAGGCUCAGACUUGGUGGCACACCAGGCAAAAAAGAACUCUGAAUUGGAAGAGUGGCUAAGGCAGGAAGCUGAGGAACAGAGCCAGUGUGCCAGAGAGGAGUCCAUUGCAGAUGAUUUGUUCAGGUACAACCCCAAAUCAACAAAACGAAGAACAUAAAAGACAAAAUGGACCAGCACUCCCAUAAAAGUUUUUUUUUUUUUUGGUAAUGGAAAAAAAUAAAUGUCCUGUUGCAAUUGUAUACACACAAGGGCUAUAAAAAAGUAACAUAUUCUUGUGUAAAUUAACUACAUCAGCAUGUGUUAAUAUACCCCCAUCAGACUUUAUGCUAGCCUUGUAUGUAGAUGAUAGUCAUGAUGGGCAAGGCAGACACACUUUGACUGACAGGAGGUGUUUGGUUGGUAGAUGCCUCUGUACCUCCGAGAAUAGACUUUUCUGCAUAGUUUGAUCCCACCUUCUUUGAAUGAGUAAUUAUUGUGUAAUAGUCAGUAUCCCACCAGAAAAAUGUAACCUUUAUGACAGAGUGCUGUCCUAGACAAUGCUGGCAGUGUUCUGGCUGGUGUUUCAAAAAGAAAAAUCUAAUAUGUUUUUGCAGUAGUGAAUGAGGAAAGGGUAACACAAAGUUGUAAUUGAAAAGGAAUGUGUUCAUGUUGCAUGGAGAGAUUGGGAUAAAAGGCUUUUAGUUAAUCCAGCUCCCCUGAUGACCAAAUGUGGGUGUAAUGAUCUGCGUGCAAGAAAAAUGUUCGAAUGGAAAAAAAGUUUUGUUUUUUUUUUCUUUAAAGAUUUUAUUUGUUCAUCAUAAUAAUUAAAAAUAUAUAUAUACAAAACAAAUAUUUGCUGCUUCUUUUAGCAUGUUGCAGUACCAUUAAAAAUGAAAAUGUAUGACAGUUUCAUUUUUGUCAUGAACACUUUUUGCAUUAAAAAAAGAACUUGUUACAAAGCAAUCUUGGUAAACUCUUAGCUUGUUAAAGUAUUUUACACGCUUCCUAAAAGGAGAAUUAAGCUUUUCACUAAUAAACUAAAUUUAUGCAA